AUGGAUUUACAACUUGUUUUUUACUUUUUAUGUGGUAUCGCUAGUUUCUCAUUAGCAUUUUUUAUUAAUAACAAGAAAUACAAUAACAGUAAUAAUAACAAAUACAAUAGCAAUAACAUUGGAAACAACACUAAUAGCACCCACACCCAAGACCCAAUCAAAAAUGAUAUAGCUAUACAAGCAACCCCAUCUGCAUCUGCCUCUGCACCAUCCGCUUCUGUAUCAGCAUCAUCUGGUCCAUCCGUAUCUUCCCCAUCUGCCUCAGUCUUUGCCCCAUCUGCCUCAGUCUCUGCCCCAUCUGCCCCAGUCUCUGCUCCAGCUGUAUCUGCACCAGCAUCAUCUGCAUCAUCUUCCUCUCCACCAUCUGCAUCUACCUCUGCCUCUGCCUCUGCCUCUCCACCAUCUGCCUCUGCCUCAGUCUCUGCACCAUCACCAUUAUCAAGAACCAAGAAAUUAAGAAAGCCAGUAUCCAGAAAUAGUUCUGCAGGUGCAUCCACAUCAACUGGCAAUAGUCCAAUGAAGAAAAGACCAUUGGAAUUAGAUAAUGUAAUAAAUUGUGAUAGAACAAUUUCAAAAAAACAUAAACUCGAAGAUGAAGAGAGUUUAAAUAGAGACAAUCAAAUUUUACUUGAAAUGGAAAGAGUAAGAGUAGAGAGAGAAAGAGAAGAAAAAUUAAAAUUAGACCAAAUUAGAAGAGCAAGAGAAAUUGAAAGAAUAUCAAAAAAUUACAGAGAAAGGGAAGAAAUUGAAAGAAUUCAAAUAAAUCAAAUUCUUCAAAGAGAACAAGAAAUAAAAGAAGAAUACGAAAGAAGAAAAUCAGAAAGAAUUCAAAAAGAAAUAGAGGCAAAAGAAAGAUAUGAACAAUCAAAAUUGAGAAGCAUCCAAAGACAACAAAAAAGAGAAGAAAGAGCAGAAAUUGAAAGAGAAAAAGAAGAAAGAAAAAGGUUAAAGAGAAUUCAAAAAGAAUUAAGAGAAGAACAAAGAAGAUCAGAACAAGAAAGAUUGGAAAGGGCUCGUUUAGAAAGGGAUGACAAAUGCACAAUUUGUCUUAGCGAAAUUGAGACCAGUGAACUCGCAGCCAUUGCAUGCGUCCAUAGAUUCUGUUAUAUAUGUAUUGAAGAAUGGUCCAAAAGCUACCGUACCUGCCCAAACUGUAGAUUACCAUUUACUGACAUCAGAAGAGUAACUAGUGCUCAAGGUUAA